UUCGGCAAGUCAUCAUUUGUACUUCCAUUUUGUUCCGGCUUCGCUGAGGGAAAAGGGAUGACGAGCUCUGCCUUGAAAAAACUUGAGGGGAAAGUAGCCAUUGUAACUGGCGGUGCAAGUGGCAUCGGUGAGGAAACGGCUCGCUGUUUCUCCAGUCAUGGUGCAAAAGUCGUGAUCGCUGACAUCCAGGAUGAAAAGGGCCGAGCCCUCGUAGAAUCGAUUGGCUCCCCCUGCUGCACCUACAUUCGCUGCGAUGUCGCAGACGAGCAACAGGUGAUAUCCUUAGUACAGUCGACCCUUCAAUUGUAUGGUAAGCUGGAUAUCAUGUUCAGCAAUGCAGGAGUGAUAAAUUCCGUCAAACAAGACAUUCUUGAUUUCGACAUACCGGCCUUUGAGCGCCUUUUUGCCAUUAAUGUCAAAGGCAUGGCCUCGUGUGUUAAGCACAGCGCCCGCGCAAUGGUGGAUAAGGACAUAAAGGGAAGCAUAAUUUGCACAGCGAGCGUUGCUGCGACCAUCGGGAGUGACGAGUUCAUAGACUAUACCAUGUCUAAGCAUGCGGUGCUGGGCUUGGUGAGGUCGGCAAGCAAGCAACUCGGAGCACUCGGUAUACGCGUGAACUGCGUGUCGCCUGGAGGGAUCGCAACGCCACUGGUCUGCAACAAGCUUGGCAAGAGUGAAGAGGAAAUCGAGAGAAUCUUCGAGCCUAAUUCGAGCUUAAAAGGAGUUUUGAAAGCGAAGCACGUAGCUGAUGCUGUGGUGUUUCUUGCUUCUGAAGAUUCCGAAUUCGUGAAUGGCCACAACCUGGUCGUCGAUGGAGGGUUUAACACGGUUUAGCUAGCGCUUGCAACAAAAUAGGUUUUCGAGUUUAUAUUUUCAGCUUUGGCACAACGAAAUAAAACUGUAACUCGGAGGAAGUUCUCAUGAUAUGAUGUUAUAGGUUAUAGGUGUUUCUAGCUAU